CGGUUGGGAGCGCGCGGGGCGGGGGUAACGUGUGUGGCAGGGCCGGGACGGAGGGUGCGCGCGCUGUGGGGCUGCCGCCCCCCGCGCUCCGGGCACCCCCGACGGGCCAGCCGCGAGCCCGUCGAGAGGCGGCGGCGGCCGGGAGGACGGCGAGCUGCGGACGGGCCGGGGGCGGCCUCGUCGCGGACGGGAGAGGGGGGGCCGCUGGAGGCCGGCCGGCGGGGAGCGUGGGGCGCGGGCGUGCCGCCGGCGGGCCUGACGCGAUGGGGCGCGGAGGGCCCCUGCGGCGGCCGGGCGCUCCUUCUGCUCGGACGCCGUGGACCGCAGCCGGCGCUCGGCGACCCUGAAGCGCGCUUGACCCUGACCUGGUCGGGACAGACAAAACUGCGGUGCUGCGCGUGGGACGCUGUGUUUGACGAGGAGUCUCUGGAGGGCCUUUUCCUUUUCUGCACGGUGGUGUUUGUGUAAGAUCCAAAAUUAAAUUUCUGGAUGUAUUUUUAACUACUAAUGAUGGAAGAAUGAGAUGUAGGUGUUAUCUUGAGUCUUCAGAGAGAUAUAAAACUUGGAUGUUCCAGGUGAUAAAAAAAAACAAACCCCAUACAACUAAAUUCUUCAGUACAGAGCCUUUCAGUGCAAUCGGGAAUGAGCUCAGGAACAACAGUCUUCCUUAUUUGUCCAUUAAUUUAAUGUUCUGGAAUUUUCAAAGAAACAUAAUUUCUGUGUACUUGGCAUAAGAAUUGAAGUUUAUCUUGUGGAGGACAGCAUACGGUUGGAGAGGUGUUACAUGUACUGUUGAUGUACAGAAGUCGCAUGCACACCAGUUGCUUCUCUGGAAUAUGUGUGUUGUGUCUGCAGAAUUGACCUAACUCACUGCCGGUUUUUCUCGUGGUCAUGCUAACAAAAGCAAGCCCUGAAGUGGUCAAGCUGGUAACCGUGUUGCACUCUACUGUAAACCCAUAUGUUACAAGGGAAAAGUAGACCUGGAGUGGGGUCUGUGUGAAAACAGAGGAGGAAGUUACCAUCUUGGAAUGGACAACAGCUGCUUAAUUUCUUCCUCCACCUUUCAAAAAUUACUUAGAAGGAAUUUAUUUAAUUCAGCAUAAUACACACGAACCAUGUAAAUUGUUACCCUUUAGUGGGACUUUUAGACCUUGAUUAAGACAAUGUUUUGUUUUUAAUUCUUCAUUAGUACAUGCUUGUAUUGGGUUUUGUGGCAAGGUUUUGGUGGUGGGAGGAGGGUUGCAGGGGUGGCUUCCGUGAGAAGAUACCAGAAGCUGUUCCAUAUCAGCCAGAGCCCGUUCCAGGCAGCUCCAAGAUGGACCCACCACUGGCCAAAGCUGAGCCCGUCAGCGAUGGUGGUAGUACCUCUGUGAUAACAGAGGAGGUAAAUAGUGCUGUGUGACAGCAGCUGAGAGAAAGGAGUAAGAAAGUGUGAGAGAAACAGCCCUGCAGACUCCAACAUCCCAUGGUGAAGACCACAGUGAUUCAGGUCCCCUGCCUGCAGCCCAUGGAGGUCCGUGGUGGAGCAGGUGGAAGUGCCCUGGAGGAAGCUGCAGCCUCUGGAGAGCCCAUGCUGGAGCAGGCUCCUGGCAGGGCCUGUGGCCCCAUGGAGGGGAGCCCACACUGGAGCAGCCUGUUCCUGAAGGACUGCACCUCAUGGAAGGGGCACACGCUGGAGCAGUUCGUGAAGAACUGUAGCCCGUGGGAAGACCCACAUUGGAGAGGUUUGUGAAGGACUGUCUCCUGAGGGAGGGACCUCACACUGGAGCAGGGGAAGAGCAUGAGGAGGAAGUAGCAGCAGAGAUGAAGCGUUAUGAACUGACCACAACCCCCAUUGCUUAACCUGUGUUGCUUGGAGGGGAGGAGGAUCAUGGAUUUUCCAGGACAUUUUGAGCAAAUCUUUCAGCAGCUCAACUACCAGAGGCUUCAUGGCCAGCUUUGCGACUGUGUCAUUGUGGUGGGAAACAGGCAUUUCAAAGCCCACCGCUCUGUUUUGGCAGCGUGUAGCACCCAUUUCCGAGCUCUGUUUACUGUAGCAGAAGGGGAUCAGACUAUGAAUAUGAUUCAGCUGGACAGUGAAGUGGUAACAGCAGAAGCUUUUGCUGCUUUGAUAGACAUGAUGUAUACUUCCACACUAAUGCUUGGGGAGAGCAAUGUUAUGGAUGUCUUGCUGGCUGCUUCUCACUUACAUUUGAACUCAGUUGUUAAAGCAUGCAAACACUACCUUACUACCAGGACACUGCCAAUGUCUCCAGCAAGUGAUAGAGUUCAAGAGCAAAAUGCACGCAUGCAGAGGUCUUUCAUGCUCCAGCAGCUUGGACUGAGCAUCGUGAGCUCUGCAUUAAAUUCCACUCAGAACACAGAGGAACAACCAAGUACUAUGAGCUCCUCAAUGAGAAGUAACAUCGAGCAGCGCACUACUUUUCCUAUCCGUCGCCUCCACAAACGUAAACAGUCUUCUGAAGAUCGGGCCAGACAGCGCAUCAGGCCUACUAUGGAUGAGUCUGUUUCUGAUGUGACUGCAGAGAGUGGGCAGACAGUAGUUCAUUCACGGGAAGAUUUCUUCUCGCCUGAUUCACUGAAGAUUGUAGACAACUCUAAGGCCGACGCUGUUGCUGAUAACCAGGAGGUUAAUACUAUUAUGUUUGAUCAGUCUUUCAGUGCUCAGGAAGAUGCUCAAGUGCCCAGUCAGUCUGACAACAGUGGAGGAAACAUUUCACAGAUGUCCAUGGCAUCCCAGGCAACACAGGUGGAAACGAGCUUUGACCAGGAGGCUGCUUCUGAGAAGAAUAACUUCCCAUGUGAGAAUCCAGAGGUCAGUCUGAAUGAAAAGGAGCACAUGAGGGUGGUAGUGAAAUCUGAGCCCUUGAGUUCCCCAGAGCCUCAAGAUGAGGUGAGUGAUGUCACUUCCCAAGCAGAGGGCAGUGAGUCUGUUGAAGUGGAAGGAGGAGUAGUGAGUGCAGAGAAGAUAGAACUGAGUCCUGAGAGCAGUGAUCGCAGCUUUUCUGACCCCCAGUCCAGUACUGAUAGGGUGGGAGACAUCCAUAUUAUGGAGGUGUCAAAUAACCUGGAACACAAGUCUGCUUUCAGUAUCUCAAAUUUUCUAAAUAAAAGCAGAGGUGGUAGCUUUGGUGCUAGUCAAAACAGUGAUGACAACAUUCCAAAUACUACCAGUGACUGCAGAAUGGACAGUGAUGCCUCUUACCUGAUGAGUCCAGAGUCGGGGCCUGCUGGUGGCCAUUCAUCUGCCACUGUCUCUCAUGUCGAGAAUCCGUUCAGUGAGCCUGCAGACUCUCAUUUUGUUAGACCAAUGCAGGAUGUGAUGGGUCUCCCCUGUGUACAGACUUCUGGGUACCGGGCAGCAGAACAGUUUGGCAUGGAUUUUCCACGGUCAGGCUUGGGCUUGCACUCCCUCUCAAGGGCAAUGAUGGGCUCAGUAAGAGGUGGAGCUAGCAGCUUUCCUGGCUACCGCCGCAUAGCCCCCAAAAUGCCUGUGGUGACCUCUGUCAGGAGCUCCCAACUGCAAGAUAACUCAUCCAGUUCCCAGCUGAUCAUGAAUGGGACCACUUCCUUUGAAAACGGUCAUCCAUCGCAAGCUGGUCCGCCACAGCUGACAAGGGCAUCUGCAGAUGUCCUUUCAAAAUGCAAGAAGGCCUUAUCUGAGCACAAUGUCUUGGUUGUAGAAGGUGCGCGCAAGUAUGCAUGCAAGAUCUGCUGCAAGACGUUUUUGACCUUGACGGACUGCAAGAAACACAUCCGUGUGCACACAGGAGAAAAGCCUUAUGCCUGCCUGAAGUGUGGCAAGCGGUUCAGCCAGUCCAGCCACCUGUACAAACACUCCAAGACAACCUGCCUGAGGUGGCAGAGCAGCAAUCUGCCUAGCACUUUGCUUUAACCCUCUCCACCCAGGCCUGCAGGAGAGCGCCAGUGCAGACAUCUAGCUCCCUGAAACACCACAGAAGCAUGAACACUAUUUUCUUCAAGGCUGCAGGCUGAGAGGCUGCUCGUGUUGGUCAGUGAAUAUUUAUGUGUGAUUGUGCCACACACACAAAAGUCUUGGUUCUGUCAAUUGGGGAUAUUACUGUACCUACCUCACAGGGGUGUGGUAGCGAAGAACUUGGAGAUCCUCAGAAGUCGCGGUGUAGAUGUGUGAAGCAUUACUAUGAUGUGUGUUCAGGCCUUGGGCUGAUGGGGAUACGAUCCAUAAAGCUAAUCAGUACCUUUGCAGGGCAGAGGGGUGAGAGUGUAGUUAUCUCAUGAAGUAGCACGUUUCAAGAAUGAAAAACUGAAGUGCAUAUUUCCUCUUUUGUUUUUUUCUAAAGUAUUUUGUAAAAGUGAAAGCAUUUAAAUAAAUGACCUGUAAAACAAGUUGCUGCAUUAUGUAUGGACAGUAAUACCAGAGCUGUUUACUGUAACUAACACAGACUGCAUAUCUUUUAAAGAGAAAACCAACUUUGGAUGCACCUGUCUGACAUAAUGCUUUAAAAUAUGCUAAUUAUAAAAAUAGUUAUAGGUUUAUGAAUGUAUGUUUGGCUGUUUUGUAGUAAAGGACACUGUGUAAUGAAGGUGCUUAAACUAAAUCCAAGACAAGUAACUUUUGAAUGGCCAGAUGUAUAUAUACUUUGAAUACAGCAAGACAUGGAUGUUUGAAUGAUAUUUUUUUUUUCCUGUAGAAACUUGUAUUAAGUGAUAAGUGAAGUACUGUUUCUUGUUUGUGCUAUUCUUAGCAGUAUUUUAACCAAUUCGUAUCUCCUAUGUUAAAACUCUAUAUACACAGAAGUCUGAAAAGAGCUUGUCAUUGUCUGCUUUGUUAUUUUGAAGGAGAGAGAUAAUUUGUGAUGGCUUUUUUUACUGUAUAAGAUAGUCUCUUGCUGUUCCAGAUGCUGAUAGUCAAUCUGAUCCCCAUUACUGCGUAAGCAUAUUGUCCUUUUCUAACACACUUACCUUCAGGCUUUAAUUUCCUCCUCUGCAUACUUACUUUCCUUCACAAUUAUGAAUUGUUCCUUAGAUCAAACCAGUCAGGAAUGAUCCUAAUUUGCCAUAUUUAUUUAUGUCUUUCUAUAAAAUGUAGUUGUCAAAUCCAGUCCUUCCACUUAAAGUAGUGUCAUAAAUGUACCUUUCCACAUAAAUUAAAAAAAAUCUAGAAUAAAUUUAAUUUAAUAAAAUAGCACUGUACACUUUGUAUAGGAGAAAUUCAGUGAUCAUUUUUCUUCAAGUGAAUUGUGUAAAUCUUGUUUUAAUUUCCUCCUCUUUGAUACCAUUGUAACUAAUACUGUCUGAAGUGUCCUUUUUUCUUUGUUAAAGAUGCACAUGAACUAACUACUGGCGUUCAGCAUAUUAGGUUUCUAAGUAAAAUUUUGGAGCACGUCUGCUGAUAAAUGUUGCUCUGCCACGUAGGAGCUGGGUCAGGGCAACAGCAUGUCCAUUCUGCUGAGGAGAGGCAGAGGAUUUGCAUUUCCUGGUAUCAAAGUCACAGAGCAACAGCUUUCCAUUAACAUUUAAAAAAAAAAAUCAAACCUUCCCCUCUUUCUUUCAUUCUGUAUAGCAAAGGUAUCCUGUGUGAUGAUGUUCAGCAGUUUUAUGGGGUUUGUGCUAUCUAAUGGUUAGCCUUCUUAAACAUCCCUGACUUAUAUUUGGACAAACUGAAAAUAAAACCCUAAUCCACAGUACUGUAGGUCAUUUAGCAGGACGAACUAUCAAAACUGGUGAAGCACAGAAACCAAACAGUCAUUGUUAGACCAAAGGAAGCAAGGGAAUCUUUCUGCACUUGACUUUAUGUGAAACAGUAGUCUGCUAAUGAAGAAAUGUUUUCAUCUCUAAUUACACCGCUUUACAUAGGGAAAAAAAAAUGCCGAAUGUUUGUCAACAUGUCAUUUGCACCUUGAGCAUCCAGGGUCAACAGGAACAUGGAAACAGAGUGAAUGAUUAAUUCCUUCCAAACUGUAAGAUUUUGUUAUAGGAUUUAUCUAAUGGUCAUAUUUCUGGCUCUUGAUUUUAUAAGCUUUAAGGAAAUGUGCUGCAUUUUUUUAAAAGCAUUAGGUUAUGCCACAUUUUGUUUGAUAAUAAUUUUGAUAUCGGGGAUUAACAGCAUUGAGCUAUACUAAGCAAUCUCACUGAAACAUCAAUAAAAUGCAGUAUUUUGUACUUCAAUAUUUUCUUGUGUCGCCUUAUUAGUAAUGUUCUGAGUGUUUGAUCUUCCCUGUAUUUCUGGUGUUUGGUUUUAAUAUAGGGGGGUUUUAUAUAUUUUCUAUCUGUUUCCUGUAGCACAUCUGAAUUCCUUGAAUUUUUGCAAUCCAUAGGAAUAAAGCAACUAUGUGAGUAAGGAGAUGAGAGUAAUUAAGAACUUAUCUGAGCAGAUAAACAUAUUUAACUGUACUUUUGGUCUGUUUUUAUAAAAAUUUUAAUGUAAUUGUGAAAUAUCAGAACUUGUGCAGGAGGACUUCUUUAUUCAUU